AUGGUUAAGUCCAGUUCCGAAAUUCGCAAAGGUGACGUGAUAUGGGCUCCCUAUCGUCGAGAUCCUCUGUGGCCCGCACUGGCUGUUCGUGCGUUGUCCAUAGACGAUGUUUUGCCUUCUCAUUCUACAACUGAUCUCAUAGAGGCGUUUGAGGCCGCCAUAGAGUACCUCAAUAAAAAAGGAUUGCCAACAGCAAGCCAAGACGUCAUUUGUAAACCGGAAAUGUGUGCCGGAAGUCAGAGCUUUGCAAAUCAAUGCGUUGAGGGAGGCAUAGCUAAGGUCGGAGAUGAGUCGAACAAAGCAAAACGCAAACCGUUACCGUCGUCUCCUUCGAGAGCUCCAGCGUUUGCUGCAGACUCGACAACACAUUCGGACACUUCUCCAUCACCCGAUCUCCUAGCGCCUACCAUAUUUCGUGAAGCAGUCUCUAUACUGGAGCGUAUUUGGGCUACAGAUCUAGUCCAAAAUUAUGUGACCCCGCCGCGUUCUGCGUUACAUUUAGAAACGCACACAGGAGGUCUUUUGUCAGACCAUGAAACUGACAGUCUCUUCGACCUGAUCUUCUUUUGGGUUCGCGACCGUGAACAUGACUCUUAUUUCCUGCCUGGUGUUCAUCUUGUACUAGAGGUUCUUAUGCCAGAAGUAAUAAUUCAAGCCCUCGUGCAGGCACGUGGUAUUUCACGGGAGGCAGCAGAGAGGAUGGUGCGAUAUACACCGUCCGAAAGAAUAGUGGGCAGAGCAGGUACGCCGUUGAAAAUUCUUUUCCCUUAA